GGUUGACGUGUGACGCCACAACACGGAAGUGGACUGGCGCCGUGAGAUAAAGAAAAAUGGCAGCGCACAGGUGCCACUUCCCGGCUCUAGUGCUUAUUCUCUGGAGUUUGUCAGUGUUUAUUGUUGCAGACGUUCAAGAGACGACCCGACUCACUGACACCGGUCCCUCUGCGGCCAGCAGCCAGCAAACUGCGGCUGCAGGCGAGCCUCCAGCAGCCGCCGAGACAAGGCGGCAGCCGCCCGAAGAGGAGGACAGGCGAUGGGAAGCGACCGAGGUGGAGGAAGCGGCUCCUGGAGAUGCUCCGAGCGACAGCCAGACCUCCUCUGCUCCUGAAACUGUGGUCACCCCUUCCCAACCUGAAGAUGAUUUUCAGGAGGAGUUGGUUAUCAGGCCGCUGCAUUCAGGCGAUAUUUAUGCUAGCUUCCAGUUCCGCACCGUGUGGGACACAGACUUCAUGGGAGGAAAGAAAGUCUCCCACUACCGGCUGUUCCCCAAGUCUCUGGGCCAGGUCAUCUCCAAGUUCUCGGUGAGAGAGCUCCACAUCUCCUUCACUCAGGGCUACUGGAGGACCAUGCAGUGGGGGCAGCCCUUCCUGCCUUCACCACCCGGGGCUGAACUCUGGGUCUGGUUCCAGGACACUGUCACUGAUGUGGAUGGCACAUGGAAAGAGCUGACAAACGUUUUGUCAGGGAUCUUCUGUGCCUCUCUCAACUUCAUCGAUUCCACCAACACAGUUCAGCCCAGCGCCUCCUUCAAACCACUGGGUAUAGGCAACGUGACCGACCACCGCUUCCUUCGCUAUGCCACCCUGCCACGUGAGAUUGUUUGCACUGAAAAUCUGACACCCUGGAAGAAACUCUUGCCAUGUGGCUCCAAGGCUGGUCUGGCUGUCCUGAUGAAGUCAGAGAAACUCUUCCACAGCAGUUUCCACUCCCAGGCGGUGCACAUCAGACCCGUGUGUCAGGACUGGCAGUGCAAAUCCACAUCAUGGGAGCUGAGACAGACUCUGAACGUGGUGUUUGAUCUGCACUCCUCCGGACAGGGCAAACGAGAGUGGUCUCUGUUCAAGAUGUUCUCUCGGACCCUGACAGAAGCCUGUCCACUGGCUUCCUCUAGUAAAAUCUACAUCGAUGUUACAGACAACCCCCAGGGCGAGCAGUUUGAGCUGAGCCCGGCCACUCCCCUGCUGAGCCAGGCAGUGGUUUUGGGGGACAGAAGAACCUACUCCGUCUAUGAUUUGACCCAACAAGCCACCUUUGGCUCGAUGCGCUCCCUCAACAUGCUGCUGCGCUGGAAAUCCAGUGAUGGCGACAUGAUGCGCCCCCUUCUCCACGGCGAGCGUUACGUGGCUGGUUAUGGGCUCCAGACAGGAGAGAUUCACACCCUGAUGUACAACCACCACCCCUACAGGGCCUUCCCUGUGCUGCUGCUGGACACCGUGCCCUGGUACCUGCGCCUCUACAUCCACACCCUCACCGUCACCAGCAAGGGAAAGGACAACAAACCCAGUUACAUCCACUACCAGCCGUCUAAGGACCGUGUGAGGCCCCACCUGCUGGAGAUGUUGGUCCAGCUUCCUCCCAACUCCGUCACCGAGGUCACCGUGCAGUUUGAGAGGGCUCUGCUCAAGUGGACUGAAUACACCCCUGAUCCCAACCACGGGUUUUAUGUUGGGUCUUCAGUUGUCAGCGCUCUUGUGCCAAGUGUUGUUGCCAUGGAUACAAAUAGCACCCAGGAACGUCCACUUUUCAGCAGCUUCUUCCCAUCCAAAGAGGAGUCAAGUUACUUUGUGCGGAUCUACACCGAGCCUCUGCUGGUCAACCUGCCCACCCCAGACUUCAGCAUGCCCUACAACGUCAUCUGCCUGACCUGCACUGUGGUUGCCGUGGGAUACGGCUCUCUCUACAACCUGCUGACCCGCACAUUCCAGGUAGAGGAGCCCAGUCCAGGCCUGGCCAAACGGUUAGCCAACAUCAUCCGUAAGAUGAGGGGAGUGCCACCACUCUGAGCCUGGACACUAAGGACUGAUGAAAGUUUUGGUGAAACCACUGGUAAAUAUGUGACUUUCAGGGAAGAGCAGUUUAAAGCACUGGUACAGAUGUUUUUUCUUUUUGAACGAUCAACUUGAAGGGUUUUGUUUUUAAAAGGAAAACGUUUUUUGGGGGGGACUUAAAAGGAUUUAGGGCAAUUUCCUGCUCUCCAAGGGCAAAAAAAUGUUUUUUUUUUCUACUCGACUGGAAAGUAAGGACUUUGUUAUUGUCAAGUAGAAAGAACCAAAGCUGUGCUGUAUGUUGCAGUGGUAACUGCUUCAGUGUUUUUGUUUCUUUUGUGGAUGUUGCUCACUUUUUUUGACAUUUGGAGCCAUAAAUCUGCAUCAUGAUAAUGAUUACAAUUCUCCUGGAAGCAGUGUGUUGCUGUAAUAAGUCUGAUAAAAUUAGUUUUCCAAAAAGGUGACAGUGAUAUUUUCUCAGACAAAGUGUUUUAAAACCUGGGGCUUGAGCUUAAACUGCCCAUCAACUAGGAGUGUGGAGGACUAGCUGUCAUCACAGUGCAGUGAGCCGUACACUACACAGUAUUUGCCAAUACAUGUGUAUUAUCUGACAAGGGAAAAUACUGAUAACAAUUUUUUGUCUUCCACAGAAGUUAACAUUCUGUUGGUUUUGUUUUUCCAAAAGUACAGCUAAUUAGUCAUUUUAGGGAAAUUGGCUUUUAGAGUUUGGUACACAUAUUUGAGCGACACUUUGCUGGAAUUUCCUGUUCUGUGGGGGAAAAAUACGAACAAAUCACCUGUUAACCUCUUACACUUAAUUUAUUUUGCACUCAAACUUAUUGAAUGCAGGCUUGAAUGUCAAAUGCAGUAAUGAAGUUCUCACCAUAAUAAAUUGCCUUUAAUUUUUGCUCACUUCCUCAUUAGCUAAAUGCAGUUUGGCCAUGCGCUAUAGGAAAUUCUCGCAUUUUUAAAUGUUAUUUAAUAUCCAGAAACAUUGCUAAGGACAUCAUGUAUCGUUAUAACUUGUUACAAAGAAUAACACUAUCUUGUUAUGCCUUCAUGCAUAGACCUCCACUCUGUUUGACUUGUUAUUCAGACAGUGAGCAGUGAGAAUGUGUGAAGAAGUGUGAGGUGAACUGGAAUAUUCAUUAUUGUCUUUUCAAUAAAUUGACUGGAAAA